CGAAUGGAUUAAGUUUAGGUUAUUCCUCUAAAUGUUUACGUUUUCUUCUUCUUCUCCCACGCUGCUCCUCAACCAAAUCGCUGCCUGGUCCUCGCCAAUACUCGAUCGAUUCUCAUCGCUUCUCGCGAGCAUUAGUCUAUUGUUCGCCGUCGUCUCUUCUUUCCAAGGUUUCGUUGUCCACAAGCUUCAAGUUCGUCGCCGUUCGAGUGCACCGCUUGGGCGACCACGGCGGCGAGGGGUUGUCUCUUUAGGAGGCGCUUCCGUCGAUCGCUAUUGUCGGCGGCCAGAGGGUUGGGUGGAGAUUCACGUUCAUCCAAGUCUGAAGCAGACUGCUGGAGGAAUAACUCUUGUGCACAACCAAUUCAGGCUUAUGUGAUGCAAGACGAUGUAUUGAUAACAACGCUAACUGUGAGAGACUCCAUACCGUGGACACAAUUCCCAGACUCCAUACCAGUAUCCGAGAAGAAAGAAAGAGCAAAAAUGGCAAUAAGGGAAAUGGGACUGCAAGAUACCAUAUGGGCACAAGAAUUGGAGGUUGGGGGACCAAGGGACUAAGUGAUGGUCAAAAGAGAAGAGUUAGCAUUUUCCUGGAAAUUGUUACCCGCCUGAGGCUUCUCUUCCUCGACAAACCGACCAGUGGACUUAACAGUGCAACAUCCUAUCAGUCAUGAGCAGAAAGCUUGGACCAAAGAGAUGAAAUCAGAAGAACUAGAAUCGCAUCAAUUCAUCAGCCCACUGUUCAAGUCUUCCAACUUUCAUUGGGUGCCUUAGAUUGGUUGUAGUAGGAUGGGCUGUGAACACUGCAUAUGAUCAGUGGGAGGUUGUUUUGUAAACUCAUUUGUUGUCCUCUCUUUCUUGUAGCGUUGUGCGCACAUAUUAAAGUUGUGAACUCGUAUGUUGGUGUCUCUUUUUGUAAUGGAAAUAAUGUAGUUCAAUUCAA